AGCGUCUCUCAGUGUUCAGGUCUUUGUGUACUGUUGUUUCUGCAAGGCAGAAGAACGGUGGACGUUUAGAACAGCACAAGAUACAAGAUGUUUCGAUUGUUCCUAUCAGUGACCCUCGCUGCUACAGCACUGGCUACGACAUUUCAAAAAUGUUCAGACAAGGAGCCACCGCCAGAGAAUCUGAGAGUGUCCGAUUGUACGGAAGAACCCUGUAAUUUCGUCAGGGGCAAGGAACUGAUCGCAGAAGUGGACUUCGUUCCCGACCACAACAUCACGGAGCUGAAACCAAAUGUGCAAGCCAUCGCCCUAGGACUGCCUGUCGAAUACCCAGUGCCACAAAGGAACGCCUGCAAAUCUAUCCUGGAGAAGACGUGUCCACUGCCACAGAAUGUGCAAGCCACCUACGUGCUGAAAAUUCCUAUCCUGUCAAUUUAUCCUCCGGUACGACUGACGGUGAAAUUCGCCCUAAUCGAUUCCGGCACAAAUCAGGUGGUCACGUGCUUCAAGAUUUCAGGGCAGGUUGUGUAAAGAAUAACCUCGCCGUAAAUUAAUUCAAAAACUCUUAAAAAUAUCUUAAACUAUACAAAACAUUGCACAUAUCUUACAAUUUAUAGAUUUUUUUAGUCUUCCUAAAAGCAUUCGGAAGACUGAUAGGUUGUUUGGUUACUGAACAACGUUUUACAACUGCACAGCUUACACAACGUUGAAAUAUACGCUGAACAUAAUUAGGAAGAAAGCCUGUUUUAAGAUACUAUAUCAGCGUCUGCUUAAAGGUACUGGGAAAUCCGACCUCAACUUCAAUUACGAUAGCGCGUCACACGAGCAAGAUUUGAACUAAGGUCCACCCGAAUACGAAGCAAGAAUUGUUAACUCUUUGACCAUUCACCAGAAAGUAAUGCUAGUGUUUUCUAAAGAGUCCGUCUAUGUACAUCCUACUCAGCUACCAGCAAGGGAUUUUGUUACUGAUUAUAAAUAAUCAUAAAUGACUGACAAUGAUAAUAUAAGCCGCGCUCCCCACUGAUAUCAUUAUCUGUCAGAACUUGGUUAAGUGUUGAAAUAGAAAACAUUUUUCCAACCUGAUUACAAAUAAACCAAUCUUUGACUCAAACAUACUUCACUGCACUUCAUAAGACUGAUUAAAUUUUAUCGGCUACAAAAACACCUGUGGCCAGGUGUUCAAUAAAAGCAUUAUGAAUGUU